AUGCUCCAAUACAACCCGGUGAUACACCCCAAUCCCAAGGGGAAGCGAUUAAAAUUUGAACCGUUUUUACGCAAAGAAUACGGGCUCGGCCUCGACCCCGACCGCCCCAUAUGCCAGUUCUUCAUCCCGCAAAAGGGCCCGCUGCUGUGCCCCAACGGCGUCAAUUGCCCUCAUAAACACGUCCCGCAAAUGUAUCUGAACAAGAUCGUGUGCAAGCACUGGUUGCGGGGUCUCUGUAAAAAGAACGACCACUGUGAGUUCUUGCACGAGUACAAUCUCCGAAAAAUGCCCGAAUGUCUUUUCUACCUGAAGAACGGGUUCUGUACGCAAACUCCUGAAUGUUUAUACUUGCACAUUGACCCUCAACUUAAGAUUGCUGAGUGUAUGAGCUAUAACCGUGGUUUCUGUCCCGAUGGGCCUGAAUGUACUAAGCGCCACGUCCGAAAAGUGAUGUGUCCGUUGUAUUUAACCGGUUUCUGUCCCAAGGGUCCCGAGUGCGAGUUUGGCCACCCUAAGUUUGACAACAUCACCCCGCGUAUGAGAAUCCGGGCCGAGAAGCCGGUGGAGAAGCCAGACGAGAAGCCAGAGCAGGAAGCGACCAACGACAAGAAACGCCCCGCUUCUGAAAUGCGGUCGCCUCCGUCCAAGCGUAGCCGCCACUAA